UGUGGGAAGGCCGCGAUUCUGUGGGAGUGCUGGGCUGGAGGCGGGCAAAGAUGGACCUAUGGUCAGGGGUCUGCUGCGGCCUCGGUAGGCAGGCUGGGGGUGGGCAGUGUGCGUGAGGGUGUGUAAACCAGCGGGAGGUACCCACAAAACGGGGCCGGGGACGCGAGUUGGGAGGAUUGGAAGUAUUAUGUUGGUGGGUCGUGCGUCGGACACGCUUUUAAGGAGCGAAAAAUCCUAAAGGUUUAUUUUGUACAUCCCUUUGUAUAGAGUUUUACAAACUAUCCCCUACUGGUCAGUAACAAACUGUUACUCCGUACUAAUUGGUCAGUCCAGAGAAGGUGUCUACGUGCAGGGAAGAGUUUUUGUGAAAUAACAUUUUCAUACUUCUACUGAGAUGCUUGGCAAUUGUUGAAACAGACCCUUUUUAAGGAACUGGACUAAUCACCUGAAUUCACCCUUAGAAGCAGUUUCUAAACUCAAGCACGCAAAGAAUUGAACCUUGGGGAAGGAGGUAUCAGCCCAGGCUCUGUUGGCAUCCUUUGCAGCAAAUGUGAGUUUGCUGGCUCUGAAAAGCUCCACUCAGAAGGAGAUGAUGGUCACAGUCCACAGUAGUCCAAGAGAGCUCAAAAGGUCUCACUCAGGAUUGCUGCUUACAGGGUCACAGGAGAAGGUACUUUAGUAAUAAUAAUUUUUCAUCCUGGCUGCAAUUCAGAUCUGUAACUUGCUUUGAAAACCACAUCCCCAAGUCAAGGUCAUGAGUUUCUGAGUCCAAAUGGGGGACAUACCACAGAUUGUUGAAUAGAUGGCAAUGAGUCAAGUAGCUAUUUUUCAAAGGAGUUUAGUUUGGUUAGGAGUUUCAGUUUGGGAGACUGAUCCUUUGCCCAUGUCCUGGUGGGUGUUGUGUUGUUGUUCUGUUGACAGUUGCUUUGUCACAUGACUGUCCCCUGGGCAAGCUGUAAGGGUCUGACCAAGCUGUGCUCUCCUUGGAGCUGAGGGCUGCUUUGUCUUUCCAGGUUGACAGGAGCAAGAAGGGUGUUUUUGCGAAUGUGAUGGCAGGUGCUCGAGAGGAUGGCAGGCUUGGAGCCAAAUCCAUGCAGCACGCUGGCCACACUGUUCAGAAGAAGCUUUCAAAUACAUCCCAGGGAGCAGGAAGGGUACAGCCAGCGAACAUCAUGACUCUUCCUGCUUCCAUGCAGACCAGUGGCAAGCUCCCACCUUCAGCCUCUGGUCACGUAAACCCAGAAAGGAGCCGGAAGCCUGCACAGGAGACUGUCACUGCUGCAGCAGCUCAGGCGGGAAGUGACCACCCUCCUCCUGGAGCACCUCACUCUCUGAGUAAGGGGCUGCAGGGCAGGCUGGUCUGCCACAAGGAAAACCUCAACCCACAAGCCUCCACAUGCCUGGAGUCGAUGAGAACUUUUCAAUCUGAUGCAAACAGUCUCAGGAAGACAGGAGUCUUGGCCCACAGACAAAGUUCAGCUGUAACAUCAAAGCCUGUUCUGGGUCCAAAAGGCAGAAUUAGUAACCAGCAGCCUCAGGAAGCGCUAGUUGUGGAUAAAUUCAGGAAAACCCUGCCAGAAUCAAAGAGCAUAUCUCAAAAUACAAGUAUCGGAACUCAGCCAUUGCAGCCUUCUGGACUCCUUUCUGCUUCUACUAAUUUGCUACAUAAAAACUCUGGGACAAAGGAGGGAGAAACUACUAUGGUGAGGCAACCUGGCACAGCUCCAGGGGGAAGUCUCAAGCACCACAGCCAACCUCCCCCAGUGAGAUUCCCCACCAAGCCUCCCACUUUGGGCAACCCCCAGGGGUUGCUGAACCCAGGUGUCACUUUGCCACCGCGAAGGCCCACAGUUAAAGAGGGCAUGGACAGGAAAGACAUGAAGGUGGUGCUUCCUGGACACACAGCAGCAGGCCAAGGGACAGGUCACCCAAACCAGUCCUGCAGCUGGUUGCACAGCUCCAACACUCAUGUACUUGAGGAUGGUUUGAGGCGAGAGCAGCUUAAACCAGAACUGCCAAAGGCAGGUGGCAUGCAGGCUAGGCGCAUUCCAAGGACCCCAUCAGCUGCAGACCGUAAGAAACAGCUGGAGGAGUGGUUGGCAUCCAAAGGCAAGAAAUACAAACGGCCACCGAUGGCGCAGCUUCAGAAGCAGGCAGUGAAGCCGUCCUAUAGAAAGGUCAAAGCAAAAGAGAAUCAAGAGCAUCCAGAGCAGCACUGCCAAGCGACGAUCAACAGCAUAUUAACUGAGUGCCUGAAGCUCAUUGAGGAGGGUGUCUGUGCAGAGGAGCUCUCGGCAGUGCUGUCCCUUGUGCCCCAGGCAGAGAAAUUUGCCAAGUUCUGGAUCUGCCAAGCAAAGCUGCUGGCCCGGAGUGGCCCCUUUGAUGUGUUGCAGCUGUACAGAGAAGCAGUCAUUGCUGGGGCUGAGCCAAUCGAGGAGCUCAGGGAAACUGUUCUCAAUAUCCUGAAGGAUGCAGGCCAAAAAUUGGAAGGAGAAAAGGCAGAGGAACCCAUUCCUUGGGAGCCUAGGAAGUGUUGUCCAGGUGAGAGACAGCCCAUAGCAUCGACUCCAGGCCUGGCGGGGAGACCCAUGACCUCCCUUCCCCUCUCAGUCAAGUUGCAAGUUACACCUGCAUCCAGAGUAAGGGAAUUCCUGGAAGGCCCAGAAGUGAAAUUUCUGACACCUGUGCGACGCUCACUACGGAUUGAGAGGGCUGGGAGUCACUACCCAGAGUUGCUGAAGGACCAUGACCCUGUGGUGUCAUCCCUCAGUGAAAUCUUGGAUGCUGAGGAGGACACUUGCUUCUACUUCCGGAAAAACGUGGCUCUGCCAGAAGUGACAGAGCUGGAGGGUUUGAGUUCAUAUCCCCUCUAGAGGUCCUGAGGGGUUCCCAGCAGGGACAGGCUGCCUGCCCACCAUGCUGCCUGGUACACACUCCCCUGACUGCUCUUGCACCCCUCAGAUGUAGAGGGGAGGGGAUGAAUAAGCUUGUUUUAAAUAUCUAAAUUCUGCUUUAAAUUCUGUUUUAAAUAUCUAAGUUCUAAUAUCUAAAUUCUGUUUCAAAUAUAUUAAAAUUUGCAGUAGAGAUGUGUGUGGACUAGUGAGUGGUGUGGAGACACCAGCUAUGUCCCCUGGGACGGUGUCCCCCAGGACUGCCCUCAGGUCCUCUGCCUUGACACACACUCUGGUUUUCCUGCUGUAGAAUUGUGUAGGUUGGACUGCAAUGUUCCAGGCACCUCCCAGUGUUUGGAAACAAUGUCCUGAGCGAUUUGCUCUGGAACUGCCUUGUGCCCUACCUGGACAGUAUCUAUGUGUCCCCUACUGAGAAGCAUAGAUGCAGAUCCCGUGUCUGGAGGCACAGGUGGUAGCAGUGGCUCUGCCUGAGGGGCUGAGGGACCUGCAGUGCUCCAGCAGCUUCUGUGCAGACCCUGAGACUGACAGAAACACCUUGCAGCAGGCCAGGCCCCCACCUCCUGGACAUGUUUGGGGUCUGGGGACAGAUGAGCCCUGUAAGUGCACUCAGGCCUCUGCUGCUGUCCCUGCACUUGGAGCAGGCAGUGGCACAAGGUACCAGGCAAGAGGCUGGCAAGAGGAUUGGCAUAGUGAUUUGUUUACAGCACAUUGCUGUGAACAGUGACCAUACAGAGCCCUACUGUCAUCCACCCAGCCCCAGCAAGCAGUGGUCUUGGCCCCAUCACCCUUUUUUGCCUCCUCUCUCCUUCACGGUGCGCCCAAGCCCAGCCUUGGCUCAGCAUCUCCACUGAGUCAUGGAUGCUGGCAGAAGUCUCAGAGCAGUGUGCCAGAGUUCUGGCACAGGGCUGGCUCCACUCUGUGGAGUGCUGCUGGCUUGGCCCCCUCUUCUGCAGAGGUGGGGAUAGCUCGAGGCCACCACCUUCUCCCCAGGGGCUUGUGCUUGUCCCAGCUGCUGGACAAGGAUUUGGGGACUACCCUUCACCCUCACCUCUCAGGUGCAGGGACAAAGCAGUUUUCCUUUAAAACAGCCAAUUUUAUAUCUCUGCCAUGCCAGGAGUUUUUUUAGUAUCUUUUAUAAAUAGAAAAGGGUAGGAAAAAGUAGAGUGGAACAGCAGGUGAAAGGGGUUCCACUGGAACAGCUGUCACCUCCAUAGCCCCACCCCCUUCACCCAGCAUUGCAGUGCUUGGGGCAGGCCCAGAGGCUAAAGGAGCAGGAGCUGCUGGGACCCCAGCUGCUGCAGUGGGGCUUACAGUAAUACUGCAGCAGUGGCACUGCCUGUUCACCCUGGUGUUGGAUGGCCCUAGGCAGGCAUUGAGCUGGUGGGAGAGGUGUGAGUUAAAGGGGCACCAGGCAGAUAUGAAUUAAAGGGGCAGAAGCUAGCAGGCUUUGGGACAGGCGCUGUCCUGGCUCUGGGCACAGUCAGGAGAAG